GCCGCGGAAGGAACGCGCUGCUCCGAGACAGAAGCCGCGCUAAAACCUGCGCCAAACCUGCGCUAAAACCAACCACGAACCGGACUCACCGGGCCGGACCAGGACCAGAACCGGGACCAGAACGGGUCUAACCGCACGCGCACGCGCUUCAGACCGACGGGAGCGCGCUCGCGUCGAAUCCGGAUCGGGUUUGGUUCGGUUCCGAGGAUCAUGCGUCUCGGUGUGUGAUGCGAGCGGUGGGCGGGGACUCGUUGCUUAGCGCCGGCUCGUCUCUGGAGCUCAGAAUGGACCAAUCAGUGAUCAUCAAACCUGUGCACUCCUCCCUCCUCGGACAAGACUACUGCUUUGAGGUCACGACCUCUUCGGGCACUAAGUGUUUCUCGUGUCGCUCGGCCGCAGAACGAGACAAAUGGAUGGAGAAUCUUCGCCGCGCUGUUCUCCCCAACAAAGACAACAUCAGGAGAACGGAGCACCUCCUGACUCUGUGGGUCCUGGAGGGAAAAGACCUGGCCCCAAAGAAGAGGUACUUUGUGGAGGUGUGUCUGGACGAUUGUCUUUACGCUCGGACGUCGUGUAAAUCUCGGAGCGAUAACGUUUUCUGGGGCGAACGUUUCGACUUCAGCGCGCUCCCGUCCAUCGCCGCCAUCACCCUCCACCUGUACAAGGAGACCAACCCCAAACGCCGCAAGGACAAGUCCAGCUACGUGGGUCUGGUGAACAUUAGCGUCAGUUCUCUGAUUGGACGACAGGUUCAGGAGCGAUGGUACCAACUGAGCACGCCCAGCUCCAGCCGAGGUAAGUCCGGUCCGGCGCUGCGGGUCCGGGUCCAGUACCAGUCGGUGGUGGUUCUGCCGAUGGAGCAGUAUAAGGAGUUUGCCGAGUGGAUCAGCGGCUCGUACCUGCGUCUCUGCGGGACCCUGGAACCGAACCUGAGUCUACGCGCCAAAGACGAGAUGGCCUCCGCCCUCGUCCACAUCCUGCACAGCACCGGCAAGGCCAAGGACUUCCUGACUGACCUCAUGAUGGCCGAGGUGGACCGUUGCCGUGACAACGAUCAGCUGAUCUUUCGCGAGAACACGCUGGCGACGAAAAGCAUCGAAGAAUAUCUGAAACUGAUCGGACACAAGUACCUGCAGGACGCACUCGGAGAGUUCGUGAAGGCUUUGUACGAGUCGGAUGAAAACUGUGAGGUGGAUCCUUCUCGUUGUUCAGCCUCAGACCUUCAGGAACAUCAGGCGAACCUGCGCAUGUGCUGCGAGCUCGCCUUCUGCAAGAUCCUCGACUCCUACAGGGUGUUCCCUCGGGAGUUGAAGGAGGUGUUUUGUUCUUGGAGGGAGGAGUGUCUUGCUCGUGGGCGCGGGGAUCUGUCCGAGCGUCUCAUCACGGCGUCUCUGUUCCUUCGUUUCCUGUGUCCCGCCGUGAUGUCGCCGUCGCUCUUCCAGCUCUGCUCCGAGUAUCCGGACGAGCGCACGGCGAGAACGCUCACGCUCAUCGCCAAGGUCGUCCAGAACCUCGCCAACUUCAGCAAGUUUGGCUCGAAGGAGGACUACAUGGUUUUCAUGAAUGACUUUGUGGAGCGUCAGUGGAGCUCCAUGCAGAGGUUUGUCCAGGAGAUCUCCAGCCCCGAGUCUCUGAACCAGGGCCAGGGCUUCGAGGGCUACAUCGACCUGGGCCGAGAACUGUCCACCCUGCACGGGCUCCUGUGCCAGCUGGACCAGGCUCUUCUGGUGAAGCUGCCCCCUCUGCCGCGGAUCAUUCGAGAGCUCUCAUUGGCCCUCGCGAACCCUGGGGGCGGGGUUACAGCAGGGAUAGGCGUGGCCAGCCCCGAACCUCAGCGAAUCGCAUCGCCUCCCCCAAUGUCCCCGCCCCUUGCCAAUGUCAACCCGUCUGUGGGCGCCGCUCUGGAGGCCGGGUUGGUGGACUUCACGCGGCUGCCGUCUCCAACUCCAGAAAACAAAGAGCUGUUUUUUGUGACGAAAGGCUCCAGUCUCCAGCCAGCCUCAGGUCUGAGGAUGUCACCGAGCUCGUCCUACUCAGACCCAAACGAAGCUAAUGAUGCUAAUGAGGUUAACAUCGAUGACACCGGCCUCGACUCCACACCCGGAGACGAGCUCGACGAGGACGGGGCGUGGCGUCGUGCGGGGCUCCUCCCCCUUUCCUUUCAGAACCCGGUGUAUCACAUGACCACGCCUUCGCCGCGGCAACCACCCAGCGAGGCCAGCCCCCCGACCCCUCGCAAGACGCCGCCCCCAAACCCGCCUUCCUCACGCAGAUGUCCGACCCCGCCCACUUCCCUGCCGACUCCGCUCCUUUCCAGAAGCCCCUCCCAGACCCCGCCCCUUUCCAAAAAGCCCCUCCCAGACCCCGCCCCUUUCCAGAAGCCCCUCCCAGACCCCGCCCCUUUCCAGAAGCCCCUCCCAGAGCGACUCUCGAGCUCCAGCAGCGGCGACGAGUUCAGAGUCACAGACGCCCCGCUCACAGGCGGCGCGCGGCAGACCGGGCCUCAGCGCCGCAUUGACCAGCCUCCUCCUGCGGCGCCCCCUCGUGGUCGGACUCCGCCCAGCGUCCUGACGAGCUCCGCCCACUACCCUCGCCCCGCCUCCGGGAGCAUGAUGUCAUCGAGCCCCGAUUGGCCGAGCUCCAGACUGAGACAGACGUCUUCCUCGUCGAAAGGAGACAGCCCCGAGAAGCAGCGCAAGGCUCCGUCUCCGUGCGCUUUGGACCGAACGGCUGCGUGGCUCCUGAACAUGAACUCAUCGUAUGGAGAAACAGAAGAAGAACGACAUGAGGAGGCGGCCAUCGAGAAGUACCAGCAGGAGAUCUCUGUCCUUCAGGAGAAGUUGAGGGUGGCUGGUCUUCGUCAGGAGGAGUGUGAAGCUCGGCUGAUGGUUCAAGAUCAACAGAACCAGCGUAUGCUGCAGGAAUACCAGGUUCGUCUGGAGGACACGGAGUCUCGUCUGCGGAGGCUUCAGGACGAUAAAGAUCUACAGAUGAACAGCAUCAUCACCCGGCUCAUGGCUGUGGAGGAGGAGCUGAAGAAGGAUCAUUCUGACAUGCAGGCGGUGGUGGACUCCAAACAGAAGAUCAUAGAGGCUCAGGAGAAGCGCAUCUUGAGUCUGGAUGCGGCGAACACUCGCCUGAUGGCGGCGCUGACGCAGCUGAAGGAGCGAUACGCUGUGACAUCACGCAACGGACUGUCGCCAAGCAACACCUCCUCCCUCCAGAUCACUGAGAACGGAGAGUUCCGGACCAACCCGGGACUAAACCAGGACUAAACUAAGACAAACCAGGACUGAAACGGGACUAAACCAGGACCAAAUCAAGACUUAACCAGGACUAAACUAGAACUAAAAAAAGCUGAACUAGGCCUAAACCAGGACUGAACCAGGACUAAACUGGGACUAAACCGAAACUGUAUCAGGACUAAACCAGGACUAGACCUGGAUUAAACGAGGACUGAACCAGGGACUUGUAAAUGUGUAAAUUGCGUUCUGUUGUGUUCGUAGGAUCCGUCUUCUACUGUUUAAUAUUUAUUGAUUAUUUAUUGAUAAGCUUCUGUAACCAUGGAUAAGAGACGACAGU